GAACACAAGUCCUUUUCCUCAGCCUCUUUUGUCUACUCCUUUGAUUGCAAACAUGGCAUCCAGUGCUUCCUGCCUCUGUGUGAAGGUCUAUUCUGCGGAAGGGACAUCAAUGACCUUCACUGCUAACGUGAAUGACAGAGUGAAGAAGAUCAAUGAACAUGUCCGGGCUAAGACCAAGGUUCCCGUGCAAGACCAGGUCCUUUUGAUGGGCUCCAAGACUCUAAAGCCCCAGAGGAAGCUGUCAUCUUACGGCAUUGACAAGGAGACGACCAUCCACCUCACUCUGAAGGUGGUGAAGCCCAGUGAUGAGGAGCUGCCCUUGUUUCUGGUGGAGUCAGGUGAUAAGGGGCAGAGGCACCUCCUCCAGGUGCGAAGGUCCAGCUCAGUGGCCCAGGUGAAACAGAUGAUAGAGACCAAGACCGCUAUCAUGCCUGAGAAACAGAUUGUGACUUGCAACGGCAAGAGGCUGGAAGAUGGGAAGACCAUGGCAGAUUAUGGCAUCAGAGGGGGCAAUUUACUCUUCCUGACAGCCCACUGCAUUGGGGGGUGA